GAACAGGCGCGUGAGCAGCAGCUCUGACCUCUGUAGCCAGGAGCGGAAGAAGCUCAUCUCUGGAAGGUGCAGGAUCCCCGGAUUGGACUCGCAUAGCUGCACGAAGCCCUUCAGUUCCGCCACUUUUCGUGGGUCCAUGGUGGUGUGUCACGUCCAGCACACGAAGCUCUGCAGGCGGGUGGAAAUUAGAGCAAAAAGAGGUGGUCGACAUGUGGUGACUGAUCGUCUUCAGCUGCUCUAACAUGUUGUCCCCGGUCAGCAGCUCGCUGAGGACUGCUGCUGUCCAACUGCUGCCACGGCAGAUCAGAGCUGGAGGUGAGAAGUCUGCUGUCCUACAGCCACACUACAGAUCCACUUGGUGCCCAUGCAGAUGUAUUUCUGUGAAACCAGGAGAUGUGAAGCCAAAGACAGUCCCAUGUCGGUACCUUGGUCAGCCCAGUCCUUUCACUCAUCCUCACCUCAUCAAACAUGGUGAAGUGACCCCAGGUAUAACCCAAACAGAAUAUGAGCUUCGUAGGCACAAGCUGGCCUCACUUAUCGAGGCUCAGUCAGAGAAGAUGGGACCUUCUGCCUCCUCCAUUAACCACGUGGCCAUAGUCUUGUCCCAUCCUACAAGCUACAUGACCAAUGACAUACCUUACCCCUUCCACCAGAACCAGGAUUUCCUGUAUCUUAGUGGCUUCCUAGAACCAGACAGUGCCUUGGUUCUUCACGGGAGGGGACGACCAGACCAGGCCAUCUUAUUCGUUCCUCGCAGAGAUCCAGGGAGGGAACUGUGGGAUGGACCUCGAUCAGGAAGGGACGGGGCUGCAGCGUUGACCGGCAUCGAGAGGGUUCAUAACACAGAGGAGCUGUGUCUGAUACUCAAGAGUCUCAAAGGCACUCAGCUCUGGUACGACACCCCACAACCCGCUCACCCUCGUCUCCAUCAGAAUCACAUGCUGCCCGUGCUGGAAGCAGGGCCAACUCCACACUCACUCAGACCCCUCGUGCAGUCCCUCAGGGCCCUGAAGAGCUCUGCAGAGGUGUCCCUCAUGCAAGAGGCAGGCCGGAUAACAGCACAGGCUUUUAGAAGAACGAUGGCACUGUCUCAGGGAGAUGUAGAUGAAGCUGUGCUGUUUGCCAAGUUUGAUUUUGAGAAUCGAAUUCACGGUGCCAACUUCCUGGCAUAUCCUCCUGUGGUAGCUGGAGGGAAUCGGGCUAACACCCUGCACUAUAUAAAUAACAACCAGAUUAUCAAGGAUGGUGAAAUGGUUCUGCUUGAUGGUGGCUGUGAGUACUUUGGUUACGUCAGUGACAUCACUCGAACUUGGCCAGUAAAUGGACGAUUCAGCCCUGCACAGGCCGAUCUUUACCAGGCUGUCCUGGAGGUUCAGCUGUCCUGUUUGUCGUUGUGCUCCCCGGGCAUCAGUCUCGAUCACAUCUACAGCACCAUGCUGGCUCUGUUGGGUCGGCAGCUGAAGCGGCUCGGCAUCCUCAAAGCUGGUACCAGUGAUGCUGAUGUGCUAAAGGCUGCACGGCGGUACUGCCCGCACCAUGUAGGGCAUUACCUGGGCAUGGAUGUCCACGAUACUCCUGAAUUAUCCCGCUCACAACCUCUCCAGCCAGGAAUGGUAAUCACAAUUGAACCAGGUAUAUACAUUGGUGAAGACAACGACCAGGCUCCAGAGCAGUUCCGUGGCCUUGGCAUCAGGAUUGAGGAUGAUAUUGUAAUCCAAGACACGGGAGGACCUCUGAUUCUGUCCUCUGGUGCACCAAAGACCAUUGCUGAUAUAGAGAAGGCCUGUGCCAUGAGAUAGGACAGAACAAUCUUCAAAGGCUGCUGUACUUUUCACUCAUUUCUAUGGUGACACCAUCAAAAAGAUCAGGGAUAUCAGGAAUGUGGGAAUGUUGAGAAUCUAAUGCUAAAGAUUAUAAAUUUGGUUGGUGCAUGAAGAAAACAAGACCAGUCAAGCACAAGUGUGCCUUCAGCUAUUAUUAAAGAGACUUUAAGCAAAUUCAGCUGAGUGUUUAGGGAUUUUCUCCUCAGAGCUACAAUGAUACAACAUGGAGAACAAUCCUGAUUGUGCUCUGAUUUAAAAAUAAAACUACAUUUCCAGGUAUAACAUGCAUAAAUUACAAGUUGAUUUGACAACUAAUAAUCUCUACUCAUUUUAUCCCACACUUGAUCAAAACAUGUUAAAUUACUUGGCUGUAGUAUACUACAUAUAUACAUCAGACCAUGUCUCUGCAGCAUCACGGAGGAGAGAAACAUGUGACAUGUUUGGGUUUUACAUGUGAAAUGUACACUGUUACUGAGUUUGAGUGUUUUCUGAACCCUUAAAGAAAGCAGUUUAUAUGUAAUAAAAAGAUUUUAAUUUUA